AUGGAAUUUGACCCUGAGCUUUCCGUGACUUCAUGGUUUGUCAGCCCAUUAACAUUGCUGAUAUUUAGAGCAAUGGCAACAACAAUUACAUGGAUGAAUUUGUUAUUAUUUCUAUUUAAAUAUGGUGCUGAAUACUUUUUUUAUUUUGAAAAUUUGAGUUAUCUUGGAUUAACAUUUUAUUUUACUGUUGCAUUCCAUCAUUCAAUAAAAUAUGUAGAAACUGGAACAACAAAUUCAUUUAAUCAAUCUCCAAAAUUCUUUAGCUGGACAUUCUGGAUACUUUAUCAUACGGUUGUACAUUACCA